CACAAGCAAAAAAAAAAGAUUUUUUUUCUUCUCUGUAGUGGCUUUCAAUGCAACGUUUCAAUGAAUUCUUCCUAAAUUAUCAAACCCCACUUGCUAGAUUUGUCACUUCUCGCCAUUCUUGCAGCAAAUUGUUCAUUGGAGGGCUUUGUUAUGAUACCAAUGAACCUAUUCUUAAACAAGCUUUUGAGCAACAUGGUGAAACAAUUGAAGUGAAAGUAAUAUGUGAUCAUAAAAGUGGAAAAUCCAAAGGAUAUGGGUUCGUGAAGUUCACUUCUGAAACUGCAGCUAGCAAGGCCUUGAAGGAAAUGGACGGUCAAUUAUUGGAUGGAAGAAAUAUUCGCAUCAGUUAUGCCCACAAAGGAUGACGUUGAGAGGUGUGUGCAAGAACUAGCGAUUUUCAGCCAUGAAAGUUGUAUUGAAGAUUGUCUUGAUUCGGGAAUUUAGUCGAGGGAGAAACAUCCACCAACCAAAAAGGUCUUAUACCAUGAUUCAUUGACUCUGCAUCACGUGUCAGGCAAGUGAUUACAGCAAGCUGGCAUGACGUUCUGGUGAUAGUUAGCUAGUCGUCUAACAGGUCUGGAUCAAACUUUAAUUGGUCCAUUUUCUUUUUUCCCUUGUACCUAUAGGCGAUUUCCCGUUGCCUGUAAUAGCGAGGAUCAUUGUUCAAUUUUUACAGCUGUUAGAAGGAAUAGAAGGAAAUUUUUAAUUGCAAUAGCUUUGAACUUUUUGAGGGAGGAAACUCCAGUAAGUUGAACAAGGAGUUGAGUUUUGCACUUACAUUAUGCUAUUAGCAUGGAUGAUACAGGUUGUCAUAAAACCUUGUACAUACUUUCUAUACCCAAGUUUGUUUUAGUACAACAACUAGGUCACAGUCUCAAAUAAGUUAAAGUUAACUAUACGAAUCCUCACCGCUUGUGUGAGCUUACUCACAUUCCCGGUCCCAAAUCAGAUAAAAAGAAGAAGGUUGUGGUAGGAUUGAACUAACAUAGAACUAGCCAAUUCAUAAUGAAUCAACACAAUACUAAACAACUUGGUUUGUUAAGGAAUUCUUUUAACUGAUCAAAGAAAGUACAACAACAACAACAUACCCAGUGUAAUCCCACAAGUGAGCUCUGAGGAGGGUAGAGUGUAUGCAGACCUUACCCUACCUUGGGAAAUAGAGAAACUGUUUCUGAUAGACCCUCAACUCAAGGGAAAAAUAGUCCAAAGCAGUCCAAAGUACAAGAAGUAGCAGAUAGUAAAAACAACAACAAAUAGUAAUAGGGCAAUAACUACAAAAUAAUAUGAUAGUCGAAGUAUAAGAAAUAACAAAUAAUAACAUAAAUCGGAGGACACAAAACUAAAUGAGCAAUACUACAACUACUAGCAUGGACAUAAAACAUGACAAUCCGCUCCCACCUUACAUGCAUCUUGACUAAUUCCACGGGGCAACUGCCACCUCACACCAACAAAGCUACCGGAUAACUCUGUGAUCUAUCAAUACUUGACAUGAUUGCUAAUGUUACGACGAAUUUAAGACCAAAUGAUCCAAGACAAAUAUCAAAUCUGUUUCAUAAUAAACCUUUUGAUGAACAUAGGAGUCUAUGAACUAAAUCUUUUGUCAUAAAACAGUCUAAUGUAGGUCAUCUAGUUCAUCCAAUUGAGCAUUUGCAAACAACUGAGAA